AUGCCCCCAACUACAUUGAAUGUGGACAUUACAAUCCUUCCUGCAGAUGUAUUAUCAUUAUUUGAUGAACCCUUUUAUGAAUUAGUUCAUAAAUUAGCUGGUCCUGUCGAAGCCAAAUUACUUGAAGUGCAAGGUAUUCGUAGUGCUUAUUCAUUAAUCCACACUGAAGACGUAUUUGACGUGUUAAAGUAUGAAUGUAAAGCAUUGGAUGAAAUUAAAAGAAAAGCUUGUCUUUUUUUGAAUGAUAAUCGGUAUAUUGUUAAACCUGGCUGUAAAAGUAAUAUACGUUACUUUACUCAAUUACUCAAUUUGAAGAAUCAAGAACAUUUGAAAUCAAUUGGUCUUCGAAUGAAGUCAAAAAACAAGUCAAAUGAUACUGAUAAUACUAGUUCAUCAACACCUCAAUCAACAGCACAGGUUCUUCCUCUAUCUUUACCAUUAUCAGAAAGUACGACAACACAAACAACAGGUUAGCAUAUGAACAUAUUUGGUUCGAUGAAUUAUCCUUUUUUAGUCAUACACAUUUUUAACAGUUACUAUUUUUCCAGAGUACUUUUUAUUAUUUCACAUAGUACUUUUUAGUAUACAUUUUACUUAUUUUGUUUCCGG